ACAACAUCCUUAACUUAACCAAACAGAAAUGUAUUUAUUCUCUAUCACGCCUUUCAAACACAUUCGCACACCAACAGUCCACAAUGAAAUCCGCAAACUUGCUGUUAUGCCUAAUACAAACAGUAACAGUGUUGUCAGUCAAAGUCAAAGUCAUCAUGCAUUCCGAAGAAGAUUCCAGAGUAGAGGACGAAGUACAGACAGAAUCCUGGGACUUCAAGAAAAAGGUUGAAGUCACCAUGUUACCGUUCCUAAGAAAACGACACGCGGAAAAGCCGAUUUUCGAGUAUGAAGAAGAGAAGUCUACCACGGAGAAAUCGAGACAGCACCCGAAUGAGCUGCUGUUCCCACUUAUAUACCGACAGAGUCAUAUCAACAGUAUGUUCAAGUUUGGUAAAAAUUGGUACACUUGGUCCACGGAGAAGAGGGCAGACGGCUCAAAGGCGAUCAAUUAUUAUAUUUGCUACGACGAGCCGAAGCAGUGUGAUGAAAUCGGAUGGGAGCGCGCAGAUACAAUACCGAAAUGCGCGUUUCAAAUAGAAUCCCUGACGGCCGACGACCGCGCCUGCAUCAAUAGCUUCGGCGUUGAAACUCGGCAGAGUUCCACGUGUGACGGCGGGGAGCUCAUGAAGGUUAGCGACAUAAUCCACGCGUGCGGGCCGCGCGUGCGUUCGUUGUGGCGCUUCGUGCGCGCGGCCCGACGUCCGGUCGCUGCCGUCAAACCGGCCGACGUCAACUCGCUCGUGUGUGAGGACGAGGAAGAGUGCAACCUCACCGUGGAGUACAGGAUACACCAUGACCGAAUCACCUUCUCCUUAUACGAACCGGUACGAGGACAGACGUUCAAGAGCUCCUUAAAACGAGACGUUGACGACGAAGACCGAACUACCACCGAAACACACGCCAAAGUCCGCCGAGGCAAGAAACUCCAAGAAAGGCCAAAAAACAAGAAAAAGAACAUGAACACAAGAAAAAUUGAAGGCAAAGGCGUUAUGAAGGAAAUUAAUGAUUCUGGUUACUCCAAGAGAAGACACGUUAAAAAUAAUAUUAAAGUUAAGGAGGACAUUUCCGAAGAUGUAUCAGGAUAAUAUUUUUAUUUUAUUUAGACAGUUUACAUAGAAUAAUUAUUGCGACUGCUUUUUAAAAUAAAUUAAAUCCAAAACGAAACUUUUUUUAAUUAAAGCUUUUUAUUGAU